AUGAAAUCCCCGCCAGCCAAAGGCAGCUUAUACCCCGCGCAGAAGACUAGAGUAGUUAUUCCAGCUGAGUUAUUCGCAAUAGAGACCCAACGACUCCAUCUCAGACCGACUGAGCUGUCCGAUGCGGCAGAUGUUUUCGAAUACCGAUGCCGACAAGAUGUGGCUGACUUCCUUUGGCCGAAAACCCCCCACCAACGGAUACAAGACACAGAAGCCAUGCUCAUUGGUAAAACCUUCCAAACACCAGAUGCAUCGGGUGCGCUGGGACGACGGUUCUCUUUUGCUAUAGUGCAGAAGGAUGACCCCUCGCGUAAAGUCAUCGGGGUGGUGGGAAUCAAUGCCCUUGUCCCGGCUCCUUCUAUCGGAUACAGUAUUCAUCCUGAUUUUUGGGGAAAGGGCUAUGUGAGUGAAGCUGUAGCGGGUGUCGUGGAUGCGUGGUGGAGGCUCAAGAGGGAAGAUUUGGAACAGCCUGGUGAUGCAAGUCUGAAGCCGGAGAGGUUGUUUGCGGCAUGUAACAAGGCGAAUGUGGGGAGUGUGAAGGUGCUUCUGAAGAAUGGGUUUGAGAUUUAUGAGGAAAUACCCUUGAUGGGAGAUGUUGUUGCGUUGUUUUGGUUGGAGAGACCACAAGCUUCUUUAUAA